AUGUCAAAUAAUUUAGCCGCUUUUUUCGCAGAUAGAAGCAGGUCCCCACUCAGUGGCAGCUCUUCACCUUUACAACGUAAUGAUAUCGAUGAUGAAGAUAUGGGACCCUCCAUAUCAAUGGCUGUUACAGCAGACAAUGACGACGCCUUCGAAAAGGGUUCGUUUAAUUUGAAAAGAACAAGAUCAAUGGGAUUACUAAACAAAUUUAUCGACCCUACUAAAAAACUAUUAGAAUCGGAUCAGAAUCAAGAUUUGACAAGUGGUGACAAUUCUAAUACUAGCAAUAAUUAUAACAUCAAUACUUCUAAUUCAAUAACAAAGGAUAGUACAAAUGCAGGAAUACAAGAUAUAAAUACAAAUACCACUACAAUUACAACAAAUACAUCGAAUACACACACUACAAGUUUAUUGAAUGAAAAAACAGAAAACGAAAAUCCAAUGAUUAAUGAUAAUACUAAUGAUAUGUAUAAUAAUGAGAAUGACGAGUCUGAUGAAUAUGAUGCAUAUGACGAAGACGAUUACGAUGAUGAUGACGAAGAUGUUGAAAUGAAUGAUUUAGUAAGAUUUUCCCAUUCUGCUUCAGUUUCCCCUCCCGCAGCUGAUAAUGAUAAUUUAUUGAUUCCGCAAGAUGAUAAUGACGUCAUGAGAGAACCACAGACUCAUGUAGACUAUUUAUCUCAUCACUGGAAUGAAUCGGAAAUUUCAAACUCUUGGAAAUAUAUCAUUCUUAAGAAAAAGAAAAGAGAUGUCAUUGAUUCAGUAAAUUCUGCAAGAUUAGAAAAUGCAUCAUGGAGAACCUGGGCAAAAGCAAGAAAUAACUUGAAAACUGUAUCGCCAGAGAUAGUUAACUGGUCAAAGGAUUCUGAUGUCACUUGGCUAUACGGCCCAGUUGUAAGUGAAUCAUCUCAAGAAAAUUUAGACGAUCCAAUGAGCGGUGGUAAUCAACUUCCAGAUAAUGCUAAUAUACAGUUAGGUUACGGUUCAGAUGAUGAAACUUCUAAAAGAUUAACAACUAUUUCCACUAAAAAUAAAGCUACCAACCAAUUUGUUCCAAAACCAAUUUUAAAGAAACGUACAGUGACAGAAAUUAUAGAAGAAAACUCCCAAUGGAGAUUAAAUGAAGUAAGAAGACAUAUGAGUGAAAUGAGACAUGCAAAUGUAGUUAUGGAUCCGUACGGAUAUUCAAGAAAUGUACAUACUGAUGAAUACAAUGACUACAAAGCUCUAGCAGGCAAAAUCAAUGCUCAAUAUUAUUCACAUAGACGUCCAGAUAAUUCACAACAAAUAGGGGGUAAUUCAAAUGACACGAAUGAAAAUGAUGUUUCAAAUGUAAAUUUUGCCACUGGACAAUCCUUAAUCUCAAAUAGUGCUGAAAAUUUAAGCGACAAGGGUGUUUAUCCAGUUAAAAGCAAAAGUAAUUCCUCAAUGUCAUCGAACAGCUCAACAUCUAUUCUACUAAAUGAUGAUGUUAUUCAAAUAAGGAGUGAGACAGAAAUUAAACCUCCAUUAUUAUCCAUUUUAGCUAAUGGUAAUGGAACCUCAAGAUCAAAUAAAUCAGGAGUUAAUAGACAUAUUCAUUUUAAUGACAGAGUUGAGCAGUGUAUGGCAAUUAAGUAUCAGAAAACUGAUACUAUUUCAUCAGUAGAUGGUUCCUCCGAUGAAGAUUCAAAGGAUCUGCGACGUUAUGGGCAAGGGGGUUAUCUAUCAAGUGACAGUAAUGAUUUUUAUAAUCAAUCUGAUAGUGAAAGUAACUCUGGAAAUUCCUUAGCCUCUUCUGAUGACGAAAAUGAUGGAGGUGGUUUAUUCAUUAGUGCAAGGUUUUCAAGAAGACUAGAUUCAAGUAUACACUCUCCUGUUACAGACACUUCGUCCUUAGGGUCCACCAGUACUGGUAGAUCAUUGCAUCCUAUUAUCAAGUUGCUACCGGCAACAACCUUAAAUUAUGGAUCCGAUGAAGAAUCCGAAAAUAGCGAUUAUGAUAGUUAUGGUAAUGCUGUAUCUCACAACGUGAAUACCUACAGAGGUUACGAUUACAUGUAUGAUUACAAUUCUGUUUACACUGGUGAUACUUCUAAUUUCUUACCUGUUGAUCAUGCUGGAAUAGAGGACAUCCCAGAAGGAAUCGACUUACAAACUUCAAUGGAAGAUGAUGGUCAAGGCUAUGACUAUUCUCAAAUGAUGAUUCCUCCUAAAGUUGAUCAUCAAGUUUUGAGCGCGCCACAAAGUUAUGAUGUAGAUGAAUUUAUGUAUGAUGACAAUAAUUCAGUAUAUUCAGCGACUGACAGCGAUGAACAAUUUAUUGAACACUCCCACGAUCAAAGCAGCGGAGAUAACGAUGAAGAAUCAGCCGAUGAAGAGCAUGAUUAUAAUGGCCUAGAAUUAAAGCGAACUUUAUCAUUAGGUAAGACAAGCUCAUCGAAUUCAUUGAAGGAACUAGCAAGUAGGGGCUCUACCUCCUCACUAGUAAGUUUAGGGGCUACUCAUAGUUUUAUAACAGGUAAGGUUUUGACUCCUCAUAAUAGCAAUCCUCCUGACUUCAUUAAUCAUCAGCCUUCAAAUCAAAGUAUCAGCCAACGUAAGCCAUCCACGAACAAUUUUAUAUUUGAUUCAGAUACUGAGGACGAAGAUAGUACUGACAUACAUAACGAAAGUACACCUUCCCUGGUAACUAAUUGUUCAGUUAAUCCUACCACAAGUUCUGUUCUUAAACCAUCGCAUAUUUCAGGAUUUAAACAACCAGAGGUUUUGAAAUCGUUUCGAAUCCCAAGUAGCACAUCUUCACAAGCAGAAGUAGGAUCUAGCGAUGUAGCUAUAAAUGGAUAUUUUUCGCCAAGGAACGACUCAUUAAAAUCGGUGGUCUCAAAAAAGGGAUUGAUUGAAAGGACAUCAUCUAACGAUUCGCAGUGA